AUGUCGCAGCCAGCCAAGCCGUGCACAUCGCAUAACCUUGGAAAUCCCGCAGAAAAUCAUCUACCAGUCAAUAACCUUUUUCAGCCACACAAUGACAAUAUCCAUACUGAGAUUUCUUCCGUAAAAAGCAAGAACAUAGCUUUUCCAAAAAAGGACACCUUUUAUGAACAGAUCGAUCAAACCAACAGUGCUGCUCUCUCUGCUGCGCUCCCGAAGGGGGAGGGUGGAGAGGCGACGCAACGUGUCUGCGUGGGACCUGAAGGGGUGUGGCGGUGUUGUGUGUGCCACAAGGUGAAGGACCUGAAGGGCCCGCACUUGAACGGCAAGGCGAGUGUGCGGUCAGACUGCUGGCCUUGCGCAAAGAAAACAACGUUUGUUCACGAGAGCAGUGGUGAUGGACCGCUGGAGGGCGCCGGGCGCCCUGCCGGGCGUGUCGCAGUGGCUGCAGACGUUGAGAGACUCUCUGUUUGUGGUGAGCAUCGCACAACCGUAUUCAAAGCUCCUGUUGUUCCGUCAGAAGCAGAGGAACCGAGCUGCAUGCUGCCAGUGACAAAGGCUGGCAAAGGACAAGGAUCCGCCGCUGAAGGUGCAGGUCUCGCGGCGCUGUCGGGAAAUGUUCUUUGGCGCUGCGCCGUGUGCCACAAGGUGAAGGACCUAAAGGGUCCGCACUUGAGCGGCAAGACCAGUGUGCGGUCGGACUGCUGGCCUUGCGCGAAGAAAACAACGUUCCUUCGCGAUACCUGCGCUAUCGCUGGCUCUGGCGCUGCUGCCGAACUCGUUUCCUCCGCUCCAAAGACGGCCCCCACCGCUGAGGGUGCCACCCCCGCUACGAGCGACGCAAAGGCCAGCGUGCUUGCAGAGCAUAACAUCCCACCAUUCUUACAAACCACUGCUUGUCCCUCAGGAUUCAUUGGCAAUCCAUCGUGUGUAACGCCGUUCAAGAGCGCCUUUGGUGGCGUGCCCGCAUCAGAUGCGGCGAAGCCCGCUGCUACGCCGUUCAAGAGUGCCUUUGGUGGCGUGCCAGCACCAGAUGCGGCGAGGACUUCUGCCUUGCAGUUGAAAACGGUUUUUAGUGAGGCUGAUAACGUUGACGAUGUUAGAUUUUUGACUGAGAGUAAAAAUCCUUUGCAACUGAGUGGCGGCUCAAAGGGUACUCAAUGCUCAGCGUUUGAGAAAGAAGCUUCAUUUAGUGUCCCAUCUGUUCCAGGGGACUGCGCUGGGGAAUCAGCAAAUGCGUCCUGCGGCACGCUGGGUUCUAAUGCGCUGGUGCCAUCGCGGGCCACAGACUCUUUUUCAUCGGUUGCAGUGCUGUCGCUGAUUACAGAUGCCUUAAAAGAGCACCGCGAGGUGAUAAAGGCCGAGUUGGAGUGUUUUCGCAAGGAUUUGUUGCUUGAGGUGCGUCAGUUGAUUUCCCGGAGGCACGUGUAUACCGUAGCAGAGGACCGGGCGGAUUUCGAGGAGCCCGCUGCAGAGAUAACGGAGAGCCUUAUUCACCGACAUUUGACAAAGGCAUUUCGUAAAUUUUGA